AUGCGGCUUCCCACUAGAUCAUGCGAAAAACCUUCACCUGGUGGUACUGGUUCACGUCGCCCUAUUUAUGGAAAUGACUUGCUUGGUCCGGCUAGCCAGCCUCACUGUUUGGAAGUGACGACUGGGAACCCGUUUUCCACCAUCAAACGACAAAGAAAACACAGCGGGAAACAGUGAGAUGGGAAGAUAGUGGCAAUGGAAAAAAGUGACGAGUAGACAAUAAGACACAAUCAAUGGACGGUAACGAAAGAGGGAUAGAUGGGUAAGACAGCCCAAGAUCAAAUCAGAGGAAGCCACGAUUCAAGGCAAACCGAUAGAGAAGCUGAAGAAAGGAGGGAGAUUGUGGUUCGCAAACCUUGGGGUUCGUCGUGGAGGAUCGAGAGGAGGAAAACGAACGAGAGAUCGAGAUUGGAAAUCUGCUCACGUACACAUGGUAUGUACCUCAUAGUCAUGGGCUUUACUGCCGAGAUGGGUACUGUAGGAAUGUUUGGUGUAAGGUCUGACACGAGGGCAGCGCCAUCGUCCGGCCAGCAACGGGGACUUGAUUGCGGGGUAUGGAGACAGGUGGAAAGGUGGGGUCCACGUCUGUCUGUCUCCUGGUGAUUGUGAAUCGAGGAGUGCAUCGCAGGUGGAUGAAUGCGUUGAAGAUGCGAUGUAUCGGGCUGCAAUUACCAUGGCUAUGGAGGCUACCACAGACAGGAAAGUGCAUGAAACCCCUUAUAAUUGCCGAGAAGUUGACUCGGCGAGCGUCACGCAAAUGGGCAAAAACAUAGUCAAUCAUGAUAAUAUAUUGGUUGUUGAGAAUAUUUGCUGCACCUCUGUCCAUAGAUAGAGCGAGAUUAACGGCGGAAAGAGGAGAAGCUGGUACGGUCUAGCGCCCCCUCCCACCAAAAUGUUCAAAGAGGUUGCCUCGAAGCUUCGGACCGUUGUUUAUGAUGAGGGGAUGUCAAUGUCAACGCUAUCAUCAUGCAGACCAGACGGAGCAGCAUGCAUGCGUCUUCGAGGCGAAGCUGAAUGCAGUCAGGAUUGGAGAGCUGAAGUGCAAAUGCAAGAAGCAGUUUGGAUUCGCCAAUAG